AUUUUGGGAAUUUGCUUAUUUAUUUGUGGGUUUGAGAAUACUAGUAAUCUGAUAUGAAUGGCUUUUCAUGUUUACAUUGAUAAUAUAAAGAAGAAAUCAAAUUGAUUUAGCCUGAUUCAUUUAGUUCUUAAGCAUAGUGUACUCUAUAACUCCGGAACGAACAAAUUUUUGUAGAACUUGCUAGGACCAUGGAAGGAUUUGCUGCAGACUUUGGACUUUAUGGCAAUUCGACAUCUAGUUUUGCUUCAUCCCGAUGGGAUUGGUCAUUUCUCUCCAACGCACACGUCAAGAACAGUGCUCCUUUAACUCGAUUAGAUCCAAAAGAUAAAAGUAAGACCGUGGGAUUGGAAGCUGAGUCAAAAGCAGUAGCUCAAGAUUAUGGGAAAGGUUGCAAUAAUUGCAUGCCCAUGCAAAUCAAGAUAGAAGGACUAAAGGAAGAAAUGAAGCGACACAGUCAAAAGAUGGAUGAGAUGGCUGUACUACUAAGACAACUUGUGUUGAAGGCUAAUGCAGACCCAUCCGUUGAUAUCAAAACUGUUGCAUCAACAACCAAGUCAAGAAGACGAUCAACUUCAAAACAAAAGGGCAUGCGUAAGGAUACACCUAUUGAUGUACUAGAUUACAGCUCGGACCAUUUGGCUUUUCGUCACUCAACGCGUAAAAGGAAGACCUCAUCAACUGGGAUACCUAAACAAAUUAUAUCUGGGAAAAAUGAUAAGUUGACGAGGACUUUGUUCUCAGACAAAGAUGAGGCCAAAGACCAAAAAGAAAGGACACCACAAACUAACAAAAUUGAUCCAUCAAGACCUGCAACACAUAGUGGUGAAAGACCUUAUGUCGAUCUAACUGUGCAAGGAUUUGACCCAAACCAAGUAGAAGUAGGUGACAAAAUUCCAGAGGUACGUAUGUUCAUGGAACGAUGGUACAACUAUAACUUGGAGGAAUUUUUGUUGUUUCAGAUUAUAAUUAAUCGUAGAAAUCUCAAGUAAUUUCAAAUUGAGCAU